AUGUUCGUUCUUACGAGAUUAACACUCUCGAUUGAUUUCUUUGAUAUCCCAGCGACCAGUAGCUUCGACCAGUACCUUGCCCAAAACAUUACCUUGUCUAUAAUUUCUGCUAUGGAUGAGAAUCCAUGCUCGCAGCCGUCCUCUGUAUAUGGUGCUGCGCUGGUACUCUGUCUGACUCUUGUUUUGCGAAUUUUAAUGGCUGAGAAUCGAUUUGAUGAACCGGAUGCUGGAUUGAUACCAUUGUUUGCUUACUUUUUUCGACAUUUCUGGUGUAAAGACCCAGACUGGGGUCUUGCAUAUACCACUCUGAGAACCUAUAGGGUCCAUCUUCCUCUAACGGCACGCGAAGUGCGGUGGAGAAAAGACGCGAUGUGGACAUGGUUUCUUACAAUUCUUCAAUUCAAGAAGGUCAACGAGCUCGAUGAUGAAGAUCUCUUAGAAGAGAAUGAACAUAAAUGGGCACAAGAUAUUGCCGACUUUGAUGACACCGAGAAGCUGCUGCUGGAUCCUGCGACCACACAAAAAUCCGAAUCAGACCUCAUCUUAGUAUACGGGCGAAACGUCAUAUCAAUCCCAGAUGGGGAGGCUCUAGUACCCGACCUAGAGGAGUUAGGGCCUCAGAAUGCUUUAUGCCUGACAAUUCUGGUCCUCCUACUAGGUCUCAAUGGGGUUUUCAUAUCAUAG